AUGAACGGGUUUAGAGCAAACACGAAUGGACGCAAAUGGAAGUAUUUUAAUAAGGGAAAUGCAAAUCGGAAUGGGGAGAAAGGCAGAUUUGAUCGGAAGCGUGAGACAUACAAGAAAAACGAAGCAAAAAAUGUGGAAGAAAUUAUGGACUACUUGAUUAACAUUUCGUACAUUUUAAAUGAAAAGUAUGAAAAGUAUUUUGUUCACGAGCUGAGGGAGGACAAUUUAAAAAAAGGAAACAAAUGUUUUGGUGCCAUCCAUUUGAACUACUCCUACGAUGUUGAAGAUGACCUUUGCAUUUUGGUAAAGAUAAAAGAGGAAAUAAAGGGGAGCGAGAAGGAGUUGGCAGAUCAUAGGAAGUGCUCGAAGAUAAUGGAGAAGCUGAUAUAUUACUGCUUUUUUGUGUUGAAGUAUAGUGAGAAGGAGGGGCAGGGUGGGCAUGAUGAGAAGGAGGGGCAGGAUGGGCAGGAUGGGGGCAGUGGCAAAAUAAGCAUGCAGUGCAUAGAAAUUUACAACCACUUUCUGCAGGUCAUCUGCUCGGACUACCUCAAGUUAGCCUCGUCCAGUUAUGCCUCCCAUUUUGUGCAGACGGUCAUUUGCGUGUACUCCUUUUUUAGAAGAGUGGAGGAGAAGUACACUGAAGAGUUGAAGAAAAGAAACAGGGGCUACCAACCGGUGGGCGUUUACUUCAAAGAAAUUUGUAACGUCACCACGGAGAAGGUGUUCACCCUGAUGCUGAACAAAUCGGGGACGCACGUGUUGAGGUCGUUUUUGUAUUCCCUGGGUGGCUACCUAAACAUUAACAUUUCGAAUAUAUCCUUUAGGAAGUCCAAAGUGAGGGGAACCAGCACGAGGACUGAGUUGAAGUACCUAGACAAAGGGCCAAGCAAAGGUGCCAGAAGCGCAGGGGGAGAUGACCUCUUUUACGAGUACGUCGGAGUGAUUGUCAAGAAGGUGACGGAGGAGAUUGCCAACCCGAAGGUCUCCCUCCCGAUGAGGAAUCUGCUCUACCAGUACGUUUUUUAUGACCAAGCUGGGGGUGCAAAAGAGAGUGCCCUGCGUAAUGGUGGUAGCCAGGGAGAGCACACUGAGCACUCACAUGGAGAUGCCAAGUACAUUAUGGAGAGCCAAAGUCAGCAUUUCAUCCCCCCCCUGCUGUACCACACGUACGCCGUACCAGCACUGGGAACAUUGUUUGAACUCCUGAAGGAGAAAAACGUAGAGUGCGACCAAUUAGUGAGAGAAAUCUUUCUAAUAGAGAAGACGAAAAAGUAUUUUAUUAACAAGACAAGAGAAAAUUGCAAGUGCCACGAGGAGAGUCCCCUAAAGCAGAUGCUGAGCAUUUUGAUUAAGAUGGACGGGCCCAGCAUCAUGAUAGAGAAGUUGCUCAAAAUGAAUAGUGAACCCAUCUUCUACGUUUUUAAUGUUUACAUUUUGAAGAACAUCAACAGCUUGGUGUGCGAUAAUGCGUACUCCUGCCUGGUGAUGUGCAACUACCUGACGUUGGAGCACAUCACUGAGGAGAUGUUUGACUUGCUGGUGAAGAACAUCGACGUGGAUUUGAUUAUUCGGAGGAAGAAAUUCAGCGUGUUGAGGCGCCUCUUCGACUUGGCGCAGUGCUACCAGAGGAACUGCAAGUUGUUGCUCAACGCGUUGCUGCGGUGGCUGCACGGGGGGGGCGCCCUCGCCGCGGAUUCGGGAAGGGCCAACAGGGCGAGCGAUGCUAAAGCGAAUGGGUCGAGCAAUGGUAAGGCUGAUGGGUCGAGUAAUGGCAAUGCCGAUGGGUCGAGCAACGACGCCGCUGCCAACGCGAAAUUCCUGUGGAUUUGCAUCCUCUGCAUGCGCAGCUACCAAGAUCUGCACCCCGCCCUCCGGGGGGUGUUCGAAGAGCAGAAGGGGAAGGGGCCAUGCGAAGCGGGAGGCAAAGAUAAGCUCCACGGGGACCGCCAAGGUGACCGCCAAGGUGACCACUCCAACCUGAACAACUACAACCUGAACAACUACAACCUGAACAACUACAACCUGAACAACUACAACCUGAACAACUACAACCUGAACAACUACAACCUGAACAACUACAACUUUUACGAUCACCUGAAGGUGGACACAAACGGGUACCACAUCCUGACGCACAUUUUGUCUUUCCCGAAGGAGUCCAUCACGCCGGUGACGAAUUCGUUCAGGCAGUUUUGUAAUUUUCUAAAAAUCGUAAAUGGGAAUGUGGCUAGCCAGGAGGAUGUCCAGAAGUAUAACACCUUUUUGCAGACGUUCGGAGGAACCCAUGGGGGGAGUGAAAAUCGAGAGGAGGGAGACGAUGCCCAGGUUGGAGAUGAUGGCCCUAUUGGGGGGGGCAAGCAGAUGGGGGGUGAACACACAGGGUCGGGUAAUAACCCCCCAAAGAGAGAUGGCACAAGAGUGAAGCCCUUCAUACGGAAGAACGCAGAUUUGCGAGGAAACAUCCUGCUAUACUUCGCCUGCGAUAAAAACCUGUCCGUCCUUUGCGAAAAAAUCGCGCACACGUUUAAUUUGAUAAAUGAAAAAUAUUUGCGAAACUUCAUUUUGUUGUUUAAGAGUGAGUAUAGGAGAAUAGCUAGCCAUUAUGUGGGAGCCCACACCAUCGUGACGUUUUUCAAGCUGGGCACCGACGAGGUGAAGAAGAAAAUAUUGGACGCCCUCGUGGAGGGGGACAUCAACGUGUUUAAUGGCUACAUAAAGAGCUUCAUGAAGCUGAAGGAGUACAAGAAGACCAAGACGAUCAGCACGAACAGUAAGAAGUACCUCAAGGCGAAGGAGAUGUUCCAGGACAUCCUGGCCGUGGCGAGGGAGAAGGGGGGCGAAGCGGUAGAGGAGGUAGGAGCGGCAGACGGGGAUGACGUAGACGUGGCAGACGGGGAAGAAGUAGACGUGGCAGACGUGGCGGACGCGUCGGACGAGGGAGAAAAGGAAGCGGAGGCCAAGGGACCAGCCGCUAGCGCGGACAAGCCCGGCGGAGAGGAAGACUACAUGAAUUUAAUAACGGACUUUAUAAAGAACUCCAAAAAGAAGAGCCGAAAGAGGAAGAAGGAAAAGGAAAGGAUAGACCAAGUGCUGGGGAAAAAGGCCAAGUGCACCUGA